AUGCCCGAACCCUCUCCCCAGCUGAAGGGUCUAAAGAAAGUUCUCUCCAACAGGCGCCGUUCGUCUGAACUGCUCGGCGACGAGACCAUAAAAGAUCUGCGUACCGACUCCCUUGAUUCUGUUACCCUCGACAAAUCCCCCACGAGACAAAGCGCUCGCUCUAUCAGUCAGGAUGGGAGCAGCAAAUCUGGCGGUAGUGGAGUCCGUAAAUUGCUGCCUGGCCACAGCAAGCGACAGAGGAGGAAACAACGCGAACUGGAACUCAAGGCUGCAGUUGAAGAUUUGGCAAGAGGAAGAACCGGUACUGGGUUGAGUGUAAAAUCUGUUCCAGCACAGUUGAGCCGGAGGGGGAGCAGUCAAGGUGGCGAUGGCGAUGGCAGUCUCCUUACAGAUGAUUCCGAGGUCGAAACGCCUCCUCUGGUUACCCGCGACUCUCACACUGGCUUCGCGUCCAUGUCGUCGCCUUUGAUAUCUACAACGACUACCCGCAGCGACGGUGAAUUGAUACAGAGUCCUACGAAAGAUUUGUCGAUGAGCAGCAUCCCUACCCUCAUUGAGCCUGAUGGAGAUGACAACUCCCCUUCACCCAAGACUACACCUUUACCUGAGUCUACCUCACUCGUUUCCUCUUCCACUGGAUUGAUUGACCGAGCGGAUACUCUGAAACCAGACUCUCCUCGUGACAGUCUAGGCAGACUCCGAGGCAAAUCACCGGGAAGGAGGUUUAGAGAUGUCUUUGGCAAGCCAAGUAAGAGCCCGAGAGCCAGCCCCGAACGGAAGGAAACCGAGCCAAUUGCCAGUACCGCUAGCAACGAAAACCUCACGACAGAUGCGAAGGUUGUAGAAGAGCAAAAACCAUCUGAGGUUACGACAGUGGUUCCUCCAACCCCCAAUAUUCCCCAUACCAAUUCAAUGCCAAAUCUCGAAAGUACUCUCCGGCCAUUGACACCGCCCGACGCUCUCAUAGGCACACCGCUCACCACCGUUACUCCUCCUACACCGACUGACCAUCGUUUCGACGCAUCGACUGCGCCCCCAAGUACGGACAAGCCAGAGCCCAAGAUCACACCAGAUGCCUCAAAUAUUGUGGUGAGUCCUUCUGGAAACAUGAUAUCGCACCGGAGGAUCCGUUCGGCCUCUUCAAUCACACAUCAACCCAGCAAGCUCUCCACUUCAGUCACUGCCCCGGUGUUGUCUAUAUCGGAAGAGAAGAGAACACCGUCGGGAGGUAUAUUCUCAUCCUGGGUCUCCGCGGCACAGAAUGCCGCGUCCACUAUAACGAACCUGACGGCCCAGGGUCGGAGUCGUGCCGGUACCAAUGCCUCCGAUGCUACUACCAAGCAGAAACCUGCCGAAGAGCCCAUCAAAGAAGAGGAGGAGGAGGAAGCUCCUGAACCCGAAGCCCCACGCAAGCAGUUGGCGGUGGAGACAUUGGGCUCAGGAGACUUGAACUUUGAAGACCUGGGCCUGAACGCGGAGGACAAGAAUCUCUCGUCUGUUAAACCUGAUAUGAUGGACCUCAAACGAGAUGCCACAGCCGAAAAGGAGGAGGUUGCUGCCAAAGUGGAAGACGCCCUGGCGAAACGGGCUGUUUCAGCUGCAUACGAAAAGUUGUCGAAUAUGGGCACUCCUGUGGCAGAAAUUCCUGAUCCCUUGGGUAGUAGCAUGAGGCACGCACAAGCGAUCGCAGCGGCAACUGGCGGGGAAAAGACGCCUCCCAACGGGAGUGUUUUUGAAGCCGAGCUGGGUUCGAUCAAACGAACCGGGAGUGUUCGCAGCAGAAUUGGGAAACGGAGAUCUCGCGGUUCGUCUACAGCUACUGGGCAGUCGGCAAUUGGUGCUAUGAUAGGGGCGAGCACCGCGACUUUGGCCAAUCCGGCCAAGGGGCCUCGAUUAUCGGGAUUCACAAUGGCUCCCAAGCAACGCAAUCGAAACUUCCACCAACAGUUUCGGAGUGUCCCUGAAGACGACUAUUUGAUCGAAGACUACAGCUGUGCUCUGCAGAAGGAGAUCCUGCUGGCCGGGAGGAUCUACAUCUCUGAAGGCCAUAUAUGUUUUUUCAGCAAUAUCCUCGGGUGGGUGACUACGGUGGUUAUUUCCUUUGAGGAGGUUGUCAGUAUAGAGCGAGAAAACACGGCGGUCGUGUUUCCCAAUGCCAUCGCCAUCCAGACAUUACACGCUCGCCACACCUUUCGAAGCUUAAUCUACCGAGAGCAGACUUAUGACCUCCUGAUCGGGAUUUGGCGCGUGAGUCAUCCGGCAAGCUUUCAAAAGAGCAUGAAUGGGAAGCAAUUGGCCGCGGAAGAGGCCAGUGCAGCUACUGUGGUAGAGAAUGGAGCCAGUGCUCAGCCCAGUGAUGGUAGUUCCACCGAGGAAUCGGGCUCAGAAGGCGACGAUGAUAGUGCUCCAAGUCUUCUCGAAAGCAGUGCGAGCAACGCCGGGAGUGAGCUUGUGGACGGCAAGACGGUGUCUAGGAAACCAUCCGGUAUGAACGCAAGCGCUGUCGCGCAGACCGCCAGCAUUCUUGCCGGCACAGCGGCCACUGUUCCGCAACCACUUGCUGCUCAAGCUGGCUUGCCAGAGACAGCAAAUGACUUCCCUGGUCCGGCAAGUCAUAUUCCGACCGAAUGCUCGGACAGUGCUACGCAUUACGACAAGAUCAUGAAGGACGAAGUUAUUCCUGCUCCGUUAGGGAAGAUAUAUUCUCUAUUGUACGGCCCCGAAUCCGGAUUCUUUGUGCGGAAAUUCUUGGCCGAUGAAUGCAAAUGUACGGAAAUUGCCUUCGAGGACGACAAGAAGGGAUUGAACAGCGACAUCAAAAGCAGGCAGUACUCCUAUAUCAAGCCGCUAGGGGGAAGCAUUGGUCCUAAACAAACGAAAUGCAUCACGACCGAAAAUUUGGAUUUCUUUGACUUGGAAAAGUCAGUGAGCAUCACAUGUACUACGCAAACUCCUGAUGUACCAAGUGGCAGCGCAUUCAGUACCAAAACUCGCUAUUGUCUCUCCUGGGCUCCGGGUAACGCGACAAGAUUCCAGAUGAACUGCACGGUCGAAUGGACUGCCAAGUCCUGGCUGAAAGGGCCUAUUGAGAAGGGCGCCAACGAAGGUCAGCAGCAGUACGGUGAUAGUCUGGUGAAGGUCCUCAAGGGUGCGGUUAGCGGCCGUCCUCGAGGGACGACAAAUGCUAGCAAGGCAUCGAAAUUACCCAAGAAGAAGCGCAGAGGGGAGAAGAAAACCAAAGAGGAAAACAUCGAAGAGGAAAAGAAACAAGCCGUACAUUGGGGAGUUUUCGAGCCACUGCGCCCAUUGUCACCCGUCAUCGACACAUUGAGAUCUUUCGUGAAAAUGGAGGUUAUAGUUGCGAUCCUUUUUAUAAUGGUCAUAAUGUUGUGGUUGCGUGGGCUGGGGGGAACAAAUCAGCUCGGCCCGUCAAGAUCACAUACAGAACGCCUGGCAGCAUACGACUCUCUGUGGUUGCGGGAAGAAAACGAGUUCUGGGACUGGCUUGAGUCUCGCGCCAGCAUUGAUACUAUCUCGCUGCGUGAAAAGUCUGAAACUAGUUUCGGCCGAUCAAACAGAGACGAAGCCCGCGAUCCUGCGAAACAGAGGUCGAUGCAAAAGCGAAAGCCAAAGAGGAGCAAAUCAUCAGCAGGACCAGAUGUGGAGGCUCGGAUCAAAGAGGAAAAGUUUAGCCAAAGAGAGAUGGAGGACGCGAUCAGAGUGACGAAGGAGAGAUUGGAGAUUCUCGAGAAAGCCAUGGAGAAGAACAAGCACCAACAUCGAUAG